AUGGACAUGCUGCCAAGAAAAUGUAAGCCUAUAGAGGAAAAUGAGGAUUCCCUUAAAUCUCAAACACUACAGUCAGGCCGGAAGCAAUGGACUUUGCAGAGUGGCCCAAAGAGCUCGCUUCGUCGUUUACGAUCUCGACUAGCAGAAGAUGGCUGUCCAGAAUCUCAGGUCAUCCUUGCCAAACAGAUUCUUCAAGAAGACCAUGAGAAUGAUGAAUUUAUCAUGGAUGCCAGAGACUCAGCAGAAGUAGCCAUUUAUUGGCUCCUCAAAGCAGCCAAUCAAGGGAAUGAGGAGGCUUUUUCCCUUCUUGAGGAAUGCAUGAAGACCAAAAGUGGGAUCUCUCAUCACAACUACAUUGAUGUUAAAACGUGUCUCCAACAGUCUCCUGAAGAAAGGGCAGCCUUUAGAGCAGCUGUUGAUAUAUUCCAAAGUUUAUGCCGAGGAGAAGACUUCAUAACCAGUAAGCAACUUGAAAAGAGGAUGCAGGAAGUUCUUCAAGGUAAAGGAGAUUGCUUAAUGUCAGCAUCACAUGAGACCUUGGAAGAGUUGUAUGGAGGAGAGAAACUGACAAAGGAGCAUUUGAUACAAGCAGCAGCAUCCUACACAAGAGGAGAAAUGCCUGUGCUUGCCAAUAUCCUGAAGGGAGCUCAAACCAAGUCUGUGGGCUCACACAUGUACUAUCUGAUGAUUGAUUCUCUUGCCUGGCACGGAUGGCAGUUUGUGCUAUGGUUUCUCCCCAUCAACCGUCUUCAAGUGACAGUCCUUUUCCUGCUAUACUACAUCCUCUCGACAGACAUCCUUGCAUAUUACCUCCCUUGUGUUAUGCUCUAUGUUUCUCUUCUGGCUGCAAUGUACCUGACCUCUGAAGAUGUGAUAAUUCAGGCUUGUGCUGCCUUUGUGAUACUCAUCGGUCUCUUCCUUUUAUUGUACUGCGGACAUCGGGAUCGUUGGAAUCUCCGACGUCUGGAUUUGAUUGUGAAGGGACUCUGUGCUGUCUCAUUGUGUCUAGUGUUUUUCCCAGCCUUGAGACGCCUAUCUUCAAUAACAACUACAAAGUCAGAUCCCCUGCCGCUUUUGUCUUGGAAUACUUACAACCAGCUCUGCCUUCCUAGGGGAGUUUUCACACGAGCACAGCUCCAAAGUUCUUGUCGGUUUCUUGAAGGUGCCCUUGUGGAAUGGGAGGGAACUGUGAAAGAUGUGUCCCUGGUUGAGUCCCCAAGUUUCAUCAACAAAAUGCUGUCUGUAUUACCUGCUUCUCUGCAAGAAUCUAUUGAGUGCAUGUUAGGAACCCCUAUUGAAAACAACCCCCACACAUUCGCUCAUUUGGAUUGUGGGACUGAGGUCCUCAAUUUGAGAAAGCUCAAUGUGUACAGAAAUCAACGGUGCAUCUAUCGAGGCUGGGAUCGUCCUGAGUUCCUCAUCACAAUGAGCAUGUCAUCUGGCUUUUGGAACAUUGGCUCAGAGCUUCUACUUCAAGCUGAUCAUGUUUUCCAAAAUUUCACUGCUGCCCUUUGUCCUGGCGAUAAGAUUUUCUUCUCUGCAACUCUUCAUUCCAAUCUUGGAAAUUCAAGGCCAGAGUUGAUAGUCAAAGGAUUAAAAUGGUGCUUCUCGAUUUUCUUCCUAAAGGAGAAUCCAUGUUCCAUCGGAGUCUUGAAGCCUCGUCGUGCUCGACAGAAGGAAUAUGAACUUGUAUAG